CUGAAGUUGGCUGAGGUGAUAACCCCAGCCAAUCGCAGGGGGUGAGCUCUGGCCACAGAAGGGAGAGAGGUACGGAGUCUUUGGGAUACUUUGGUAGCCACUGUCAACUUUCACCACCCCUCCUUAGACCUCUGUGCAAGAACAGUGCGUCGCAUGUUGUUGCUGCGAUUCCAAUCCCUCCUCUUCUUCCGCUGAUAUCAGCAAUCCACCAACACGGUCGUUAAGUAGGAACCCAGACUGACCCAGACCAACCAAGAUGGUUGCGCCAGCUGUACCAGAGUAGAAAUGCCCACCCCUCAACUUAGUUUACGCGCAAGCUAGCUAAGGUUCCACCACCACUGUGCUAACCAUCCUUGGAAUGACAGGUUGACGGAGGAUAUCCUACAUGAAUCCAUUGAUGCCAGAUCAGAAACUCUGGCCGCUCUGCGAGAGUUGGGCCCCCCAGAUUUGGUUCAAUUGAUUAAGCAAGCUCCAAGAAACCCCGGAAAGCAAGUAUGUGGAACUCGGUCAAUUCAUAUCCAAAUACGCUCUAACGAAGGAAUAGAUUGGUGUGUAUCACCAUGUUACUGGCGUGGAUGCCUCUUCGUCGGCCAGUUUGGCAGCCUACAUCAAUACCCUCACCUACAAGGAGACACAACAAUCAACGACGAAGAUCGUGGAAGGAGUUUACUGGUACGGGAAUUUUAUUGGUUGAGAUUUGGAGCCAUCUGACAUUUGACAGCUGCUACAACGCUUUUUCGAGACUUGAUAUGCGCGUACACGUAACGAUUCCUGGAAGUGUCGACAGCUAUUGUGUUGAUGAGCGUGGAGACAAGAGACACGCUUCAGAUGAAUUAUGGUUGGAAACAUACCUGUGCAGCCUUCUUCGGGCGUAUUCAUAUGCGGAUGAUGGAAGCGGAGAGACAAUCAGGAAGAUCAUGGGUGUUCGCAGAUUCAACCCGGUAACAACUACAGAGACAGAGCACCGCUUUUUACAAGCUGCAGAGCAGUUGUUUUUUCGAGGUACGAUUGUUGAGAUUAUGCUCAUUAGCCCCAUACUCAUCAAAAACAGGUUGGCAGCUAGGAUCCGACUCGGUUGUCCAGGUUCCAAAUAAUGUCUCCAACCACUUAACAGCCGGACUCCUCAAGUAUUUCCAUACGACGGGUCGAUUUGCUUCAGGUAUUAACCUCUUCGAAAAAUUACGAACCCGCAAUGUCGAAGUCUCCUCCUUGUUGGCCAAAGUUCUAUUUAUGGGUAAUGAGGAAGUUCAGGCUGUUCGAAUUCUCCACGACUCCGUUAAACAAUCGCCCAUGGACUACGUGAUGCUCGACACCCAAGCAGAAUAUUUGAAGAAGAAAGCCCUGAACCCAAGAUACCCGGAUUUGAAGCAGGAACGAUUACAAAUGGCCCUUGGCUGUGCGGAUCGAAGUACCGUUGCAGCACCUAGCGAAUUCGGCACCUGGGCAAGACUGGCCGAAGUCUACGUUUCGAUGGAGGACUGGGAGAAUGCCCUGACUACAUUGAAUUCCUGUCCUAUGUUUACGUAUCAAGAUAAAGAUGCCCCAAUCAUGCCCGAGCCCAAAGAAAUCUAUCUACCCACCUUGCCCGAGACACGACUAGAUGAAAUUGACAGCGAACCGGAAUCGAAAUACGGAGAGCAAAUCCAUCCCAGUCUACAUAAUCUCCGAGCGGCCCAAUACAAGGGAACUUUCAAACAUGCCUACAGUAUCCUCACCGAAAUGACUGCAAAGAUUGGAUGGGACCAGUUACUCAAGAUUAGAAGCAAUGUGUUUGUAAUGGAGGAAGAAUACCGUAGCGAAAAUAAACCACCUGUUGGUCAACAAGGUGAUGACACUGCAGCUCGCAACCCAAGCACUGAUGUACUGAGAGGGAGUCCAGGUCCUCCGAUCAACGGCGGCGACGAACAUGACGAGGAUUCGAAAAGCGCGAAUGGUGAUUCAACAGCCCCAACAUUGAUAGCUGAAAAUGGUGUGAGAGGGUCUGUAGCCGAUGAUUCAGUUGAAAAGCCGACACAUACCGUGACACCAGAAGAAGCGAAGGGGGGUAGUGAUGUUAGUCUCCCCUUUUCUGUAAUCAAUUUUCGUCUAACCAUAAUAUAGGCCGAGACCACUGAUGAGCAACUUUCUCGAUUUAACAACAAGCGACUUUGUGAAAGAUGGCUUGACAGCUUAUUCAUGGUUCUGUAUGAAGAUUUGCGCAUAUAUACCAUUUGGCGUACUGAGAUGGCACAAUAUCGUGCACAAUCUAUGCAGUACAAAAAAUCCGCCGAAGAGUGGGAAAUCCUAGGCUCUCUAGCUGAACGUUUACACCAUCAAGUGGAAGCCGUAGAAGCUUUCCGUGCUUGCCUCGCCAUUCGGUUCUCGCCCAGAGCACUUGCUGGUAUUCUGGCGGAUUUCGAGAAGGACAAGAAUACUAGGGACACGGUAGCGGGAGUCAUCCGACUUGUCACCUGGCAGUAUAGAUGGUACUCGGAGUUCAGUCCCGAACUUCUAUACGCCAUCCGAACGUUGAUUGAGGAGGAAGGUGCGGUCAAGGUUAGAAGUAUCAUCCAAGCUACCAGUCUACCACAGAAUGUCCUCGACCUGACACAUCACUACGCGGCGUUGUGUGCGGCGUUUCGAAGCAGUGGCACGGAGGGUUGAUGAGGGAAGACUUGUUCGUAAAUGAUAUCCGGGCUUGACCGGGACGGGUACGGGGCCGUCAAAAAACACAUAACGAGAAACAAAAAAUCCGAAACUUCUUUGCAAAGUUGUUGAUAUCCAUGGAAGCGAGCAAUUGUGCAUGCAUAGCGCGUAUUUGGCGUGGGUGAUGAUCUCCAGGGGGGGCUCUUUUGUUGCAUGUCAUGGCUAGGGAUGAUGGGUUGAGAAGAGAAAAGGUAGGAGGAAGAUGUGAGGAGGGGGUUUUCUGUAUGAUAGGUACUGAGAUAGUGGACUUGCCAGGCUUGCAUUACUGAAAGCUAUCGAUUUGAG